AACAUGGUCAAAAGUUUCCGGGUCUCAGACCUGCAGACGCUGCUGGCCUCAAUGGGCCGCAGCAAAAGUGGGCUGAAACAGGACCUUGUGGGGCGUGCGCUGAGGCUAGUGCAGACCGAAUACAGCCCGGAGCUCCUGAAGAACGUCAGGCAGCUCUACGAGUCGCGCUUCCCCAAAACAUCUGGCUGGCUUGCGGCACGACGUCCAGAUGGCGUUCCGGUGGCCUACUCGAGCCUCAGCUCCUCCCCCACUGCCACCUCUCAGGGUGCAGACUACCUCAACGGCAUUUCCAAACCGGCUGCCACAACUGCAGCCGAGGUUAAGCUGGUGCCACUGCCCUUUUACCAAACUUUGGAGACACUGUUGUUACCAACAGAGCUAAUUGCCCAGAACAAUGAGAAGCUGCAGGACAGUCAAUGCAUAUUUGAAUUAACACCGAGUCAAGCAGACCAGAUCAGAAAUGCAAGUGAGCUUCGUCCAGGAAUGAGAUCAAUCCAAGUGGUUCUGAGAAUCUGUUACACAGACUCCAUUGGUGUCCAGGAAGACCAGUAUCCUCCCAACAUUGCAGUCAAAGUUAACCAGUCAUACUGUCACGUCCCGGGCUAUUACCCUUCUAAUAAGCCCGGUGUGGAGCCCCGCCGUCCCUGUCGUCCUGUAAACAUUACUCCCUGGUUGCAUCUCUCCAGUGCCACCAACAGAGUCACUGUCACCUGGGGAAACUUUGGCAAGCGGUACUCUGUGGCGGUGUAUCUCGUGAGGGUGUUCACUGCAGCAGACCUCUUCAGCCAACUCAAACUCUGCUCGGUGGAGAGUGCAGAACGCUGUCGCGAACGCAUCCAAGACAAACUACGUUUUGAUCCAGAGAGUGAAAUUGCGACAACGGGCCUCCGGGUGUCUCUCAUCUGUCCCCUGGUGAAGAUGCGGCUCGGUGUGCCAUGUCGAGUUUUAACUUGCGCCCAUCUCCAGUGUUUCGACGCAGUCUUCUUCCUGCAGAUGAAUGAGAAGAAGCCCACAUGGACUUGCCCCGUCUGUGACAAGCCCGCCCCCUUUGAGCUGCUAACUAUUGAUGGGCUGCUAUCCGAGAUUCUUAAGGAGACGAGUGAGGACAUUGAGGAGAUCGAGUACUUAACCGACGGAUCCUGGCGACCCAUCAGAGAUGACAAGGAGCGGGACAGAGAAAGAGAACGCAGCAACACACCAGAGUAUCCUGCCGUUGAUAUAUGCAUUCCUGAGGCAAACGGUCACUCACCGGCCCACAGCAGCACCAGCCUGACGGGCAAAUCCGGAAGCGGUUCUGUGGGGAUGGCGGGAGGACCGGCGGCACCGGGAGGAGGCGCGGUGGUAGAUCUGACUCUUGACUCCUCCUCUGAGGAGGAAGGGGGCGGGGAAGGAGGCGACAGCGAGGACACUGAGGACAGCGCCGACAGUCCGGCCCCGAAGCGGGGCCGAUACAACUACGACAAGGACCUGGUCACUGCCUACUGACCCCACGGCUCUGGCCCCUCGUAGACUGACACACACAGAGACCGAGAGGCAGGGGGCUGAAAGGACAGGAACACGGGAAUCAAUGCAACGACCCUCCCGAAUGCCCAAACGUCGGAGCCUUUUAGCAGCUCUCUGGUUUGUAUCCAGUCAACAUAAACACUCAACAAGCACUGUUAAAUCUUCAAUCUAGAGGGAUUAGGAUUCCUCUCUGUACUCAACACCACUGGAAGCAACUCUAACUCCUAUUGGCCAACAGUCUCCUUGCAGUGAAUAUCCGUACCGUCCGGCCUCUACUUAAAGAGACUGAAUGGACCGUGCACCACCCACCCCUUCCUUCCUCAUCUCUCUCUCUCCAGACUAUUCCCUCUCUCCCACCUCAUCUCUCUUUGUAUUUGACUUGGAAUUACAGGCUCUUUUAGCCAAUGGGCGUUUCGAUGUGUGCGUCUUUUGAUGUUUGUCACAUUUGUGAUGAACCGGCAAGUUGAAAAAUGGAGGCUCCUCUGCGGUUUUUGGUAAAAGGUCAAAAACGACGACAAGGAAAAGGAGCAUGGUAAAUUUGUGGGAGGACAAGGCAGAGAUAUCUGGAGUGUGAUGCAAUUUAAAACCUCUCCCAUUGUGUUUUUUCCCCUUUUUUUUCAGAGAAUGAAUUCAAAGCUUGAAAGGGUUUUUUCAGGAAUUUCUCCUUUUUUUUAAAUUAUGAAAGGGCGGAUCACAAUACUGGCCUCAUUGUGUGAAGCUUUCCAUUUUUAUUUUGUCAUUAGCUAAAGAGAACCUACCUCAGUCAUAAAAUCUUAGCAGACUGACCAGAGAGUAGCUUAGAAAGAAUUUUACACUGGAUAUUUUGUUUUCCUACAUUUAUCUUUUGAUUAAUUUUUUAUUUUUUAUUCCAUCGUCCCAUACAGCCCUGUUCCCUCUGCAGCGACCGGAUCUUUGUUAAAGGGUGAGAGUUUGUGGAUAAUCAAGCUGGGUGCCAGUGACAGAAAAGGUUGUGUGCGGAGUCUGUAAAUCAUAAUUUCAGUUAAAGGAUUUGCGAGGAGUGAUGUAUCGGCAUUGCAUAUUGACGAAAUUAAGUUACUGUGCGGCGUCUGUGCCAAAGCAGAUCUGUUUUGAGAAUUUACAGACGGGAACAUGAGAUUUUGGUGCCUUUUUUUUUUUUGGUUGAGUUGUGAAGAUUGGAGCCCGUAGUUCUAGGGCAGAAGGGGACGUUUAUUUAAUGGUUUUCUUUGAUGUUUUUCAAGUUGGAGAAAUGGACAGGGGCAGAAUACAAUCUGUGGUAAAACGACCGUUAUGGAGCAGGAAUCAGAAGUGCCGUCGUCCUUUUGUUACCCCCCCACAUUUUGAUGUCCUCCUCUGGAAGUAUCAUAUUUAUUUAAUAGCUUCACAUUCUCUUCACCGUCGUGUGUCAUCAAUUGACUUUUGCAUUUGGCUGUGCCGUGCAGACGGGAGCUGUCGCUUCCAGAGAGAGGGACACCCUCUGCUGCUGUGGUUGGAGUGUUUUAGUGAAAGUCGGUCCGGGCCCACGGCUGUGCAGGUUGAUGAACGCUCCCCCCUUUUCUUUUUUUCUCUGCGUCAAAGCGCCGGUCGGAGUUCUUUGUGACGAUGGGUUCAACAAGCCAGACACAAAGAAACCUAAUCAAGUGUCAAUAAGUGCGGCCCGACCACGCUUAAAGUAAUUGAUUGGAUUACAAACGGUCUUGUCUGGAACAAGUGGCGCUGCUUCAACCAAUAAUCCCCUCGGCCGCCUUCCCAUGUAGAUAAGGUCACAUCUAUUUGCUGGAAAAGAAUGCCUUUAAUUGCUCCAUGCUGUAGGCUUCCGACUAAUAUUCCUCUGCACUAGUAUCGUCGGCAUGUGAUGGCUGCUCCACAAAGAAGGAUACCCGGGCUGCAUGUGGAGGCUUCAGGUUUUUGUCUGCAGGAAGGCCAUCAGUGUUUGCUUGAAGAUGAGAAAAGAUGUUGCUGUGGUGCAAAGAGCCAUUUGCACUUUCAUCGAUAACGUCAUCCCAACUUUCAGGCUUAUUUAUUUUCAAAGCCCUCAUUGUCGUGCGUAUUAAUCCAGGACCCCGUUGUGAUCAGUUCCCCUCAACCGCCUCCUGGGGUCAAGAGCAGAAGUGACUCUGAUGAACUCCUCAUUGUACGCCCCCCCCCCCCCUUAUCUCCAUCAUCCCCUUUUCUUGCGGUUUGAUCAGCACAGAAUCUGGUUUUCUUUCGCCUCGCUCAAAAGCGCAGAGAAGUGACAUUUACACAUCGAUCCGGGCCUCGCCGCUGCAGGUGCGUCCUCCGACGAGGAGGAUGAUUGGAAAAGUAGGGAGAGUCAAAUCUGGUCUUCCAUUUUUCCUCCUCCUUUUGACACUUUGACAUGGUUUACAGAAUCAAUAUCCCGUUGACUGUUUUUUCUCUCUUUUUUUUGUUGUUGAUAGUCCCCACAAAAUUGAUUGACGGCACGUUGCCCGUAAUACAUCAGUCUGUCCCCGAAAAGGAAAAAUUCUAUAGAAGGCGCUUUGAAGCUAUAUAAUGUAAAGAACUCUAAUACCUUUCUUUAACUAGGUAAUUUGUAUUUGUAAGUAACUGCUAUACAUAUAAAAAUUCCAUUGUUCACUUGUCUCUGUAUAAAAGGUCAUUAUUUGAGUGGAUCCCCCUAACGUUUCUUUGCCUUAUGGUUAAAGAGGAGAGGUGAAGCAGGUUGCUUCUGUGGAACUGAGCCAGAUAUGUUCGUGGGUUGUUUGGGAGCCAGAGAGCUGAGGGUCUGUUCCUUUUGUAGUGGCAUCUCUUCUUAUAAUAAUGCAUAAGGUAGCAUGGUCAGAGGCUUACAAUCCAUGAUGUAAAUGUUUUGUUUGUUGUGUUUUUUUAUAUGUUCAUAUUAAAAGACAAUAAAAUUAAAAUAAUAUUUUAUUAUGCCUUGAAUCGCCUCCAGUUGUUCCGACAGGCAAACAGACAAUAAGAAUGCUGUUGGGAGGGGCAGCAGCACCUGAAGCUGAUGCCACAGGGCACUGGGAGGACUGGUUUUAAGGUGGCGAUUAUGUCCUGUACCAAAUGCUCAGACCUGGGGACACAUUUGAUGCCUGUUGAGGAUAAAACUGUAAAAUGAUCGUAUUCUAACAGCUGUUAUUGACGUGUGGAAUUAAUUAAAAUCAGUUCUUAAAAAAACCAAACAUGUCUGCCAAUGUUUUAUUUUGAAAAUAGUCUUGUCUUCAGCCAGAGAGACACUGUUACACAGAGAUGAAUUCAUUAUUUUCAGCUUUGACGUCUUCGGGUGCUCCAAAAAUUGUUUGGAUCAACCUCCAGGUGAAGCAAGCAAGGCUGAUUUAUAAAUGUUGUCUUUUGUGAAAUGGAGUCCUAAAAGUCUUCUCAGGGUCUUAAUACAAUUUUAGUAGUUUGAUUUGGUUGUCCUUCUGUACACAUUACAUCUUUUGCACCUGUCCAUCCUGGAGAGGGAUCCUCCUCUGUUGCUCUCCUGAAGGUUUCUUCCCUUUUUCUCCCCCUGAAGGGUUAUUUGGGAGUUUUUCCUGAUCCGAUGUGAGGUUUUGGGGCAGGGAUGUCUGUACAGAUUGUAAAGCACUCCGAGACAAAUUUGUAAUUUGUGAAAUUGGGCUAUACAAAUAAACUGAAUUUAAUUGAAUAAUUAAUUGUAUGUCAAGUGGAGUGAAAUAAAAUUGCAAAGUUG